AUGGACCACCUCCUCAACACGCUCGAAGACACAAGCGCAAAUCUAGAGCAGGAAGUCGGGGAUGAUAAAGAUGGAGCGGCACCCGUGCCGAAGGUUGCGCGGCUGCUGCGGGAUGGACAGGGAAAGUUUAUGUAUAUCGGGGACUCUGCCAGCCUGUCAUUUCUACAGAGCGUUCGGCGCAUUGUUUCGCUUGCAAUCGGACGGUGCGAAUUCACAGAGGAUACGUCGCGUCAUUCGAUGCUAGAGGCUUUUCAAAACAGCUCGACUACGCAAAGUGGGCCAUUAAUACAGCCUCCCAAUAACGACGAGGCGCAGCGGCUCGCUCGUCAAUAUGUUCUGGCUACCAGUCCUUUGCUUGAUCUAUUUGACCUUGAGGAGUUCCAUCCGCGGCUUUCGAAUUGGAUUGGGAAUCCGACGGGUGACGAGGAUACGGUCAGCUCGAUCUUCUAUCUUGUUCUCGCGAUUGGCGCCCAGGUAUCCGACACAAACCAGAAUCUAGCUGAGCAGUAUUUCGUCAGCGGCCGGCAACUGGCCUUUUCCGCUUUCACGGAAACUCCUAGUUUAUAUACUAUCCAGUCCUAUGUUCUGAUUUCCAUGUACAUGCUUGGUGCCUGUCGUCGAAAUGGUGCCUUCAUGAACCUCGGAAUAGCGUUGCGGGCUGCAUAUGCAGUGGGAAUACACCGAAAAGAUGCGAAUUCCUUAUUCACUGCGCGGGAAAGAAGGGCACGGGAACGUGUGUGGAAGAGUUUGCGCAUGAUGGAUCUAUUUCUUAGCGCAUCAUUGGGGCGUCCACCAGCCACGUCGGAUUUCGAUUAUGACCUGCGCGAGGAUGAGAUGACCCGAAGAGAAUCACACCUACCCAGGGACCAAUUAUCUACGACUGUAGUCUCUCUAUGUCGCAUCUUUGAGCGGGUUCUCACGGAGGUGUACAUGCGGCAGGUUGUUUCGAUCAAUGUUGCUGAGAACAUAUCUAAUCAGCAUCGAGCUUGGGUCCGGAAUCUGCCUACUUUCCUACAGAUGCAAACAGAGCGACUGGAUUCCAAAACACUAGAAGAAAGCUUGGCUGCCGCGCAUGUAUUGGGGUCGUACUACUGGUCGAUCAUCCUCUUAACCCGCCCCUUUCUCAUCUUCUGGGUAUCACAGUACGUGAGAAGCAAGAAAGACUCUGCAACCCCCGAAGCCAGGAACGGCACAUCCCGCCUCUCCCUCUUCGCCGACGCCUGCGUCUACUCCGCCCUGCGCGGCCUGGACAUCGUAGACGGCCUAGCCCGAUACGAGUCUCUACCACGCCGUCUCCCAUUCCUAAUCAACUCUGUCUUCAACUCAGCAGUGGUCCUAGGCGCCGCCUUCUUCGCCGACUACGACAACCUCCUCCCGCUCGAAGAAGGCAUGAACAAAGCCGAGAAGUUCCUCGAGCUCUUCGUCCCUCAUGAUCCGCACUCCUGCCGCUUCCUCCAAAUCAUCAAGUACCUCCGUGCCGCGGUAACAGAAUACGUUGGCCGUCGUAAUCGCCAGUGGAUGGAACGCCGCAGCAAACAGGUCGACCAGCUCUUUGGCCAAGUAGGCUCUGCCGGUGCAAACGCCAACGAACCAUCCCCAGCCCCAGAUACAAUACCACCCAUCCGCCGCCCCGGCGAGUCUGCAGGCGCAGUCCCAUCUCCUCUCUCCCCUGAUAAACUCGCGCCAGCAAACAAUCCCACCCCAUCACAACAACCCCCCGAUCUAACAACCCUCGCCCCGCAAGACAGCAGCAUCUGGGAUGCGCUCUGUGACGCCGCUGCCACAGGCCUCCCGUAUGACUCGGCCAUUUCCACGCUCACGACGACCGGAAUUCCCAUCAAUUUCUCACCGGGCGGGUCGAUGGGCAUGCCCACAGCUACAGCUUCCGCGUCAGUUUCGGGGAUGAGAACCGGGUCUGCGGCUGAGCCUGGAGAAGGAAGUGGAGGUGGAGGCGGAGGCCACACGCCGCUGUCUGAUAUGAUCUUGUCCGAUAACGGGCUUCUUUAUAUGGCCGAGGAUCUGCCCGUGUUUGGGCUCUGGGAUGAGACUUGA